CCCUCUAUACCCAAACACCGAACAAGAAACGAGCGCAGAAUCGACGACGAUCUCCUGAUAGAUUUAGCUGGGGAUAUACUGACUCUUUGCUCUCAUAGUCCGUGAGUUGAAGUGAGUAUUAGAUCGGCCGUGGGCCGCGGGCCUUCGAUCGGGCCGUUAUGGUACCUUGUGUACCCACAUAUAUAUUUACUUUAGCCACGAGACAUUUUAGUGGUGUAGAGCGGGGAAGGGAUGGCGGACGCGGACCCCGAGAUGCUGUUGGACUGGCUGACGCUGGCCCAGGGCGAGGAAUCUCGGGACAUUCAGCUGGUGGCCCUGGAGCAGCUCUGCAUGCUCCUUCUCAUGGCGGACAACGUUGACAAGUGCUUCGAAUCGUGUCCACCGAGGGCCUUCAUCCCGGCACUCUGCAAGAUAUUUAUGGACGCGGAGGCUCCCGACAAUAUCCUAGAGGUGACGGCACGAGCCCUCACCUACUAUCUCGACGUCUCGGUUGACUGUACGCGGAGGAUCACGGCGGUGGACGGAGCCCUGAAGGCCAUCAUUGGCAGGAUGCAGGCUGCCGACAUGCAGUGUCGCGCCAGCAAAGAUCUCGCUGAACAGUGCGUGAAGGUCCUGGAGCUGGCAUGCGCCAGAGAGUCAGACAAGGUCUACGAUGCCGGCGCUCUUCCUGCAGCCACAAGCCUCCUCAUUCACCACGCCUCCUCUCUCCAUCGCGACACCGUCCAGUCCUGCAUGAACAUGGUGACCCGCCUAGUCCCUCGGGUGGAGCCCAAAGACUCCGCCCUCGAGGACUGCGUCGCUUCUCUAUCGCAGCUGCUUCAGAACUCCGAGCCUCACAUUUCUGACCCGACGCUCAAGUGUUUCAUGAUGCUGGCCGACAGAUUCAUCAGGAGAGGUCGUGACCCCGCCCCCAUCGCCGAGAAUGGGUUACUACCCGAGCUGAUUGGUCGGUUAAAGAGUUUGAACGUCGGCGGUGGUGGUCCGUCUUCGUCUGCUUCGUCGACGUCCGGUCCUAUUGGUACCACUCCGGAGCGACCGUCGGGGCCACACCGUGACCACUAUUGUCAGUCUUCUGUCCACUCUCUGCAGGGGUUCUCCUACCAUCACCAAUGUAGGUUGACCUGUUCUCUGCUGGACUCUGACCUCCCGUCGGCCCUGGAGAGCGCGCUGCGAGGUGACGAACGGACGGCGCUGGACGUGAUGCGACUCGUCGAGCUUCUCCUGGUGCUCAUCAUGGAGGGAAGGAAGGCCCUCCCCAAGACAUCUCAUCUCGCCGGCAUCCCUCGUAAACUGGACAGCUUCUCCGGUGAUCGCAAUCACAGACAGGUUAUAGAGGCCAUUCGGUCCAGCAACAACGACGAGUUCUUUGAAGCUAUGGAAAGUGGAUUCGAUGUGAAUUUCAUGGACGACGUGGGACAGACACUCCUGAACUGGGCCGCGGCUUUUGGCUCCUUCGAGAUGGUGGAAUAUCUGCUGGAGCAUGGAGCAGACGUUAACAGAGGAGUCAAGUCUUCCUCGCUACACUACGCCGCAUGUUUCGGCCGCCCCAACAUCGUUAAACUGCUGCUGCAGUAUGGAGCCGACCCCGAGUUGAGAGACGAGGACGGACACACCCCCCUGGAGAAGGCGCAGGAGAGGGGGGACGAGUGGCAUCGACAGGUCAUUGAGAUCCUUGAGAACCCCAGUGAGUACAUGUUACACGAUGGCUCUGAUUCAGAAGACUCGUUCACUGACGACGGAGAGGGGGAGGAGGGGGAGAGGGGGAGGGAGGCAGAGAGGAGAGAGAGGGGAGGAGGAAGAGAGACGGAGAAGGAGGGGGAAAAGAGCGACACAAUCCUCCCGUCUGGUCCACCCUCAACCAGUUCUGCAGUGGGAGGAGAGGGGAAGGGAGGAGGGGCAGAGGGGGAGGGGAAGGGAGGAGGUGAGAAGGAGACAGGGGUGAGUGAGGAGGAGAAGGGGAACCCAGAAAUGGCUCCAGUCUACCUCAAGAAAAUGCUCCCUGUGUUUGCCGAGUUGUUUCAUUCCAGUCUAGCACCCACUCUCAGGAAGGAGUCUCUGCGUGUGCUGAGGAAGAUGUGUCGCUAUCUGACCAAGGAAUGGCUGGCGGAGCUGUGUGAGGAGGUACCCAGUGACCCUCAGCGACCCCCGUUCAUCGCCUCCAUCAGCGAGGUCCUCGCUGCCGUCUUAGAGAAUGAGCAAAACACUGCCCCGGCCUUCGAGGAGCAGUUUGCCAGACUUGGACUCCAGCUCAAGAUCCAGGCCCUCGCCGGUCUCCCUCCCACGCCCGACACCGUCGACACGGCCAUGGACACUGCCCCGAGCGGCGGUGAGACGGACGAGAAACCGGGGGAGAAGGGAGACGGAGGAGACGAGAAGACAGAUGGCGGGAGUGUGCCAGCCACCACCACCACCACCUCGGAGCUGGAGGACGCGACGGAGCUGGGCACGUUCACCGCCUACCACUGGAAGGAGUGGAGCGUGGUGAGGUCCCAGGACUGUCUCUACCUGUGGAACGAGUUCUGUUCGCUGGAGCUGUCGAGUGUGAGCAAUGGCUGGUUCAGGUUUCUGCUGGACAACAAGCUGGCCACCAUGUACUCCAGUGGCAGCACAGAGGGAGGCCCCGACUCAUUUGAGAAUAGAGUGGAGUUUCUGGAGAAGCUGCAGCGAGUGUGCGGCCAGAUCUCGGCCUCCUCCCCCAUGGUCCCCAUCCUCUCCUCCCCGGGGCCGUGUAGACUGGCAGUCGGCAAUUGGAGCCUCUCCUCCCAGAAGGAAGGAGAGGUGGCCAUCAGGAACUCCGACGGAACCAGGCAAGUGACGUUGCUAAGGGAGUCUCUUCACGGCUUUGUGUUUGAGUCCAACCGAGGGACUCGGGUUACCAUGACAGCCAACUCCCCACUGGGUCCUCAGUUCAACUUUGGCUGGAACAACAAGAAAGGGAAGAAGUUGAAGACGAAAAAUGACGUCACCAAAGACAAGUCACUCCAUUUCUCAGAGGCCCAGGAGAGUACGAGGAAGGUGGCCUCGGAGCUCCGGGCCAUCCUCGUCAGCCUCGAGGGAGCCUGCCUCUCUCACGAGGACGGAACUCCGCUGGAGUCAGGUCUGGGUUGGAAGGAGGAACUGGAGUGGGCUAUCAAGGCCCUGGCUCUGCUGCUGAGAGACGAGAAGACCAUCUCUGCCUACGAGGUCCACACCAACCGACUGGUCCCUAUCCUCCUCCACUGCCUCCUCGGCCCAGGGAAGAGGGGUGGGGCAGGGGGCGUACCUUCCAGGGAGAGGGCCGAGGGCUUCAGGAGGAUUUUUGCUGAGUCGGCACAGGAAGCUCCGACUGACCUCGAUUCAAGUACUGCCAGUGUGUCAGUUGUGAGUCCGGCGGUGGGUCUGGUCAGGAAACUGGGUAUACAUCGUCGGUUGAGGCUGACUCUGGAGCGUACGACGGGACCGUGUGACCUGCGGGACUGCUCUGGGAAGACACUCCGCAUCGAGCCCCUCGUCUCCGUCGACAACCUCGAGAAAUUCCUCAACGGAAUUGUGGCCAAGCAGUGGUAUGACUAUGAGAGGGCUGCCUACCAUUUUGUGCGCGUGGCCAGAGAUAUCACUGCCCCCAUCCUCUGCAACAGAGUCUCCGACUUUGACAAGAACGGCAUCAUCUACUGGAUUGGCUCCAACGCCAGGUCGGCUGACUGGAUCAACCCCUCGACAAAAGGUCUGGUUGUAGUCAGUUCGUCCGAAGGUCGCAUCCUUCCCUACGGUACCCUGGACGAUAUUUUCUCUCGCGAGGAGACGCCGCGAAACUGCCACACGAAGGACGAGCGGAACAGCUGGUUUGCUGUCGACCUGGGCGUCCAUAUUUACCCCACUACAUACACCCUCAGGUACUACAUUCUCGCGGCUACGGGAGUCGCUCGGCGCUGCGGAACUGGCAGUUUCAGGUGUCCAAAGAUGGUCACGAGUGGACCACCGUCCAUAGACAUGAGAACGAUACCUCUCUCUGUGAACCAGGUACAUACGUAUGUGUAUAUUGCCAGGUCUCAUACAACACAACACAUCACAUCACAAAGGCACACCUGAAACCACUGUGCUAUGGCACAGUACAGUACUCCUCACACAGUAUGUGAGGAGUACUAUGAACGUGUGUACGUAUUCUCUGGUGCAGGGACGACAGCAACAUGGCCGCUAGCUCCACCAGAAGACCUCGAGGGAUGGAGACAUAUUCGUCUGAAGGUGACAGGGCCUAACGCCUCGGGUCAGACCCACUAUCUGUCGGUGUCGGGACUUGAAGUCUACGGGGAGAUACGGGGACUGGCUGACGAUGAUCUCGGUAAAGCGGCGAGGGAGAUAGAAGCGAUGGUGAAGAAGCAGAGGAAGCACGUGAAGAUUAACAUCAUGAAGAAGCUGACGACGGGGGCAAAGGUCGUUCGGGGGGUGGACUGGAAGUGGCGGGAACAGGACGGGAACCCAUCUGGAAUCGGGACCGUCACUGGGGAACUGAGAAAUGUGGCUUGGUCUACCACAGUGUGUGGGGUUGGUGGUACAAUAUACAUAUGGGAAGAGAGGAAGUUGGAUAGAAGUUGCAGUGGGAUCACGGAGGUGGCCAACUCGUAUCGCAUGGGGGCAGAGGGCAAGUAUGACUUGACUCUGGCUGACGACCCCCAGCCGACAGCCCCCCAGACCACACCAUCCGAGACCACACCCUCUCAGACCACACCCCCUCAGACCUCGGGAGAGACCAGUGGCAGAGACACCCCCCCUCCCUCCUCUCAGUCAUCCAGCAGCAAGGCGGUGGGGAUCGACUCUCUGCUGCAGGCACUGGGAGCCGCAGGAGCCGACCACUCUGCGGCCGCCCAACAGCUGCGGGCGGAGAUUGAGAGACUCGAGCAGCAGGAGGCGGAGCUGUUGGACUACGGCGAGCAGGACGAGGAGGAAGAGGACGAUAUGUAUGAAGAGAUGGCAGUGGGAAGGCGAAGCUGGGAAGAAGAUUACGUCCUCAAGCAAGCGUUCCCGGCCCUGGUCCCUGCCUUUGACCCUCGACCUGGCCGAUCCAACAUCUCACAGAUACAGAACUUUGAGGUUCCUCCACCAGGGUCAGAACAGCAGACAGGGAACAGGGAGCCGGUGUCUCCCCAGCCACAGCUACAACCUGUGAAGCUAGAGCUGAUUCUACGAUCUGCAGACACAGAAGUGUUGCUAGAGGACGGCUCCCGGUCAGUGUUCCACUACGUACAGCUGCUCCACUGUCGACAGCUGCAACAGAGACCCACCGACAAGCUGCGCCGCGUCUGGGACAACUCCUACUCUCUGGUCUACCAGGAGAGGGGUGCGGGGACCGGGAAAGGGUGGUCCGCUCAGUUCGUCUCUCGUCACAUGGGCUCUGAGCGACUUCCGAAAGGCGACGUCAUUCAGUAUCUGCAGAAAAGGGCCAAGGAUUUCGUCAAUUCGGAGGUCCAUAGUGCAAGCACUGCCGUCCAGCGUGUCACAGAAACAGACCAUCUCUCUUCUCUCAAGGACAUCCUUUCGCUGCUCUCUCUCCUCUAUUCCUAUGCUCAAAAGGAGGGCGAUGCAGGGUUGGACGUGUCAAUGGAAGAGUUCCACAGUAAGAAACUGAGGAACAAGUUGGUCCAGCAGAUCCACGAGCCGGUGGUCCUUGCCAGCGGCGCUCUACCUGACUGGUGUCACACUCUCACCACUUACUGCUCUCUCCUCUUCCCGUUCGAAGUCAGAGAGGUCUUCUUUGCCUCCACGGCUCUGGGGAUGUCUCGUUCCAUCAUAUGGAUGCAGAAGAGGAGAGAGGAAGUGAUGGAGAGGCUCAGGGGCACGGCUCAGAGGAGAGAAGACCAGCACGAGAUUCAGAUCGGACGACUCAAACAAGACCGAGUCAAAAUCCCGCGAGACGGAGACAUCAUCGCCUGGGCCGGCGCCAUCCUGAAUGCCCACGCCGAAAGGAAGUCUGUCCUCGAGAUUGAGUACGUGGGCGAGGAAGGGACUGGACUGGGUCCGUCGCUAGAGUUCUACGCCCUCACUGCCGCAGAAAUCCAGCGCCGGUCGCUAGGGAUGUGGCUGUGUGACGACGACUUCCCCGACGAUCGAUCUAGAGAGGUUGAUAUCGGACAGGGUUGGAAACCGCCGGGCCACUACGUACAGAGAUCCUGUGGGCUCUUCCCAGCACCUUACCCGCAGAAUUCACCUCAGAUCGAGGAACUCUGCAGAUUGUUUGAACUGCUCGGGAUUUUCAUAGCCAAGUGUAUCCAGGAUAAGCGCCGCGUCGACCUCCCGCUCUCGAGACCGCUCUUCAAGUUGAUGACGGGGGCAUCACAGGCAUGUCAUCCGCUGGCCGAGGAGCCCGGUCCGCCUGGCAAUAACGGAGGUCACGAGGGUGCAGGGGGCGGGGCCGAGUCGGACCCGGCAACCACGGGAGAGACGUUGACGCGACCGGGAGACAACCAACGGGCACCAGUUGAGCAAAACGAGGUCGAGAUGAACAACUGGAGAGUCGUCGGUGACGUAGGACGGGAGGACUCUUCAAAUAGAGGUACGAGCCACGUGGUGGUGGUCGGUCCGCGUGGAGGAGAGGCCCAGGCGGCCAGCUCAAAAGAGGCGGAGGUUUUGGGCGAGGGGGCAGAGGAGGAGAUCACUAAGGACUGCGGCGGUGAGAAGGAGGAGCUGCUGGUGCUGGAGGAGCUGGGGGAGACGGGGGGAGGUGGGGGAGGGGGAGGAGGGGGAGAGGGGGAGGCUCCCUGGUUCCAGGGGAUUCUGCAGAUUGAAGAUCUGGAGAAGGUGAACCCUCACAGAGCGAAGUUCAUAAAGCAGCUGGGACAGUUGGUGGAGAAGCGAGACACCAUUCUGGCGAGCUUGCCUCUCCCGACACAAGCCAGAGAAAGGAAGACUGCACUAGAGGCCCUAGUGCUGCCUGAUACAGAGGAGAACCUACCUGGAGUCCAUCUAGAGGACCUCAGCAUCAACUUUGUGUUUGAGCCAUCGUCAAAAGUUCACAAGUUCUCUGCACACCCCCUCAAGCCCGGAGGAGACUCUGUGGAUCUGAGUCUCCAGAAUUCCCACGAGUACAUUGAACUGGUGCAGGAUUUCUGCCUCAACUCAGGGAUUAGGAAACAACUCGAUGCAUUCAAAAUCGGAACUCUUUUCAACUGCACGGGCGUGUUUGGUUCAAUUUCAGGGGGUUUCGACAGGGUUUUCCCCAUGCAACGGCUCCAGAUGUUCACGCCCUACGAGCUGAAACUUCUGGUGUGCGGUGAGCAGACGCCUACCUGGACACGGGAGGACAUCGUUAACUUCACGGAGCCAAAGUUUGGCUAUACCAAGGACAGCCCAAUGUACCAGAGAUUCGUCAACGUGAUGUGUGAUAUGACUGGAGACGAGAGGAAGGCUUUCAUUCAGUUUGUGACAGGCUGCGGGUCACUGCCUCCAGGCGGGCUCGGCAAUCUACACCCUCGUCUCACCGUAGUCAGGAAGGAGACCACCUCACAGAACGUUUACCCAUCGGUCAACACAUGCGUCCACUACCUCAAGCUUCCAGAAUACCCCUCGGAGGAGGUGCUCAAGGUGCGGCUCAUGGAUGCAACCAGAGAGAAGGGCUUCCACUUGAACUGAUACCCCUAAAACACUCUCUCAAGACUCCUCUCUGCCAGUAGAUAUAGUAGGGAUUUUUGUGUGCUAGGUGGUAGUCUUCUCAAAGCUCUCACUGUGCUUGACAAUGUUCUGUGUUGUACACAACUCACUCUCGUCAUAACCGUUGAUUUUGUGUCAAGAGCGUGACGUUUUCCCCGCGCAGCCCCACUGACGUCAUGGCGGAUGUC